AUGCAUAUGCCUGGUUCUUUUUCAAUAUGCGCAGCUGUCCUCUAUGCGCUGACCCUCGGAGGCUACUCAGCUCACGCCAUCCAACUGGAUAUCCAUAAUGAACAAUCGAUCAAAGAUGCCGCGGCAACAGCAACAUGGGGGAUGAUGACAUAUUACCACGGUAAUGAGACGGGACAGAUUCCCGGCGCAUUUCCUGACAAAUGGUGGGAGGGGUCAGCCCUGUUCUAUGCGCUUCUGAAUUACUGGCAUUUUACCGGCGACACAACCUACAAUGACGAAUUGAGUGUCGGAUUACAGUGGCAGUCUGGGUCCAAUGGCGACUACUUACCGAGUAACUACAGUCAUUUCCUGGGAAAUGACGACCAAAUGUUCUGGGGUCUCGCCGCCAUGACUGCAGCCGAGCUCAAAUUCCCCGACGUUAAACACGGCUUCUCCUGGCUCUCGCUUGCCCAGGGAGUCUUCAACUCGCAAAAGGGCCGCUGGAACACGACAAUGUGCGGCGGGGGUUUGACGUGGCAGAUGUUUCCCUAUCAAGGUGGUGGAUACACAAUGAAGAACGCCAUUUCGAAUGGCGGCUUCUUCCAGCUUGCGGCUCGAUUGGCCCGGUAUACGGGCGAUUCGGAAUACUCAGACUGGGCGAAGAAGACAUGGGACUGGUCGUGCAGCACGCCGCUGGUCAACAACCAAACUUGGCUGGUAUUGGAUUCGACCGAGGGAACGGAUGGCUUCACAGCGGAGCCAAGAUGGCUUUUGGAAUUCUGGACCCGAUGCCCCUCCGACAUUUUUGAACUGUACCGUGCUGACAUCAUCCUCUUCUCUUUCCGCACCAAGACCGGCGAUCAACAAUGGUACACCGCGCUGGACGGUCUCCUCAAUCGCACCCUUGCCACCUUCUUCCCCGAGAAAACCGGCUACGUCAUGGAGGAAAUUCUCUGCGAGCCUCGCCAAAUCUGCAACAACAACGAGGUUCUUUUCAAGGGCCUCCUCUCCACCUGGUUUUCCUACAUCGCAAUCAUCGUCCCCAGCACAUACGACCGCAUCAUGCCCAAACUCCAAAUCGCCGCCGUCGCCGCCGCCGCCUCCUGCACUGGACAGGGCAACAAUGCCUGCGGUGUGCGCUGGUACGAAUCCAAAUACGACGGUCACCCGGGCAUGGAGCAACAGAUCAGCGUGAGCCAGGUGCUCAGCGCCAACUUGUUGCCGUUUGUGCAGACCAGCAAGUCAGUCGCGCCGGUGACCUCCAGCACAGGUGGUGAUAGUCAAAGUAAUCCAGAUGCCGGUCUGACAAACCCAGUUGUUAAGAAGGGGCCGGACCCCAUCUCCACGGGUGACAAAGCCGGCGCGGGAAUCUUGACGGUCGUGCUGGCUGUGACCUGGGCUGCAAUGAUGGCGUAUGCUGCGAUCUAG